AUGGGAAGUAAAUCGUACAGAUCGAGAAGCAGAGAUCGCAAAAAUAGAAAAUAUGAAUAUAGCAGCACACACGGAAGGCACCGCUCAAUAGAGAAAAAAUAUACGGAAAGAGAACGAGUAUCAUACCACAGAGAUAGGUCAAGAGACAGGAAAUAUAGAGGGCACUCACCCAGUUACUCCAGAGAAAGGUCGUACGAAAGAAGAAGAGAUCGCAGAAGUCACGAUAGACACUCGGGGAAGCGAGAUGGGAGAGAAGUGCGGCGUAGCGAAAGCCACAGAGAAGAAAGGAGGAGAGAAAACUCAAGUAGACACAAGCACCGCAGAUAUAAGAAGCACGGCAGAAGCCCGUCGCGCUCGACGAGAAAAAGGCACGGAAGGUCAAGAAGUGUGUCGCUGGGGCGCAGCGACGGUAGGAGGACGCCGUCAGAGCCCUCAGAAAAGUUAACAGUGCCAGUGCCUCCAGAAGGGACGGGGAGUGGCGCAACGGCAAGUGGCACGAGUAGGGACGGCACUAGGCCAGAUAAGGGCUCAGAAUCGGAGGCCACAAAGACAACACUAAAAGGCGACAGGACGCUGACCGUGAUGAGAGACGGAAAAAUAAUAUCAAGUACCGUGCAGACAACAGUUAGAAAGGAAGAAAGUAGCAGCACAGCCACUAUCAGUGAAACCACGAUCAUCUCGGGAGUGAAGUUGGAGUCUGAGGCGAUUCCCAGGAGUGGAGGGAUCGGCUUCACGACCAAAACAAAAGUAGAAGGGGAAUCCACCAAGGAGGCAGCAAUGCAAGAAGGCUCGAGCAAGGAAAAGGGGGAAAAGGACGCCCCAGACGGCACGUGGAAGGGUUUCCCGCCCCCAAAGUACUACAAAAAGCUGACCAAGUACUACGACGCAGUGCCCAAGUUCGGAGCGCUAGCGCCGAACAUGUACUUCCCGCUCGACGGAGCGAAGCUGCGCAGAUACAAAGCGUACAAGUCGUACAACGACAAGCUGAGAAGGUACGAUGAGUUAAAAUUCUACAAGAGGCAGCUGAUGAAUCUGGUGCGGUCGGACUUUGACUACCUAAAGAUGAAGCUGGAAGUAAGUUUAAACUUAAAUUAA